AUGAACCCGCACGAGUCUAAGCAGUGGAUCCCACGGCGUAAGAGUAGCACCAGUGCAAUUCCGAUGCCGCCUGCCCGCCACCCGAGCCAGACGGCACAGGCCGCCACCGCCGCCAUGCAGGCCCAGCAGCGUCCCAGUGUCGGACCCGCUGGAAUGGCUUGGGAGCACCGCCGCCGCGCAAGCCAGGCAUCCGAGGGCAGUACGGGCAAGAGCCCUUAG